UGCUCAGGGCUGUGGAGUGAGUCGCUGCUGUGGAGCGGUGUGUCGACAUCUAAGUCCAUAUUUACCUUCACAUAGUCGCAGUAGGGACUUUAACUGAAACCAAGCUGUGUGUUAAACUCACGAAUGGUGGACAUAUCCGUGGAGUUUUUGCUUUAUAGUAAUAACCUUGGCUGUAAAGAAGGACCUAGACACCCGCGUUUCCUCCAAGCUAUCAUGCCAAACGCCGAAGAAAGUUCCUGGUUAGCUGGGUCUCUGAUGCCCAGCUCCAUCCCUCAGGCUCCAGGGCCUCUGUGGUGCUCCGAUGCCCCUCACCCACAGCUGAAGAUCCCGGGUGGGCGAGGGACUGUCAGGGAUCACUCUCAUGGCGUGCUACUACACAAGGAUGAAAAGUUAACAGUGACGCGGGCCUCUCCAGUGAACGGGAACCCCUCUCUUCUCCACUUCCACUAUCAGCUGAAUGAGCGCCGCUCGGCCUUCUGGGAUACAGCCCUAUCAGAGGACAGCCUCUUCCUGGAGAUUCCUGCUGGGCCACUGGUGGAGGGGAGCAAAGAGGGGUUAACGGCUCUGCUCGAGUUCGCAGAAGAGAAGCUGAAAGUUAACUAUGUCUUCCUGUGGUUCCAGAAAAGCAGAGAGGAUCGAUUGACCAUCAUCAAGACCUUCCACUACAUGGGCUUCGAGAUGGUGAAGCCGGGUAACCCCAUGGUACCAGCGCGGCCUGAUCUGGCCUUCAUGGUUUACUCUCUGGAAAACAGCAGCUCGGAUGAAGAGUGACUGCCACCUCCCUCUCCCACCCUCCCCCUCAGCCUCCCCCUCAGCCUCCCCCUCAGCCUCCCCCUCUCCCUCCCCUCCCUCCAGAAACACGCCUUCUACCCGUUUCUCCCUUCAAGCUGUCCGACCUGCCUUGACUCUCCCUCUGACGCAGACCCCACCACCCCUCAGAAACCCUUCGUUACUGGGAAAGGUGUCGACCUUUCCUCAUAUAGACUAGCGAUUUUAAGGGGGCGUUUUAGCGUCGUAGGAUUUCUGUGCGAUGCAGAGGCCUCCCCUACUUUUCCCCUCCCUGAAAACGCAGAAGACCCAGGGAGCGGUCAUCAUGCACUGCUUGGGAUUUGGGCUUUUUUUCCCCCUGCUUCCUCUUUUGGCCACAUUAUUAGUUUGUGCUGCCACAAACAAGACAAAUAACUGCUGGACGUUCAGGAGAAGGUGGUGUUUUACAUUAAAAUUCAGCAUAUCUCUCCUCUGACAGCUUUUACCUUUUUAUAAGAAAAGAGACUUUGGUUUGUCUUUGUGUGCUGUAUACCAUGCAAGCGGUGUUAGGGGUAAAAAUAGGGAAUUCUGGUGUGCGGUAUGGUCAAUAAAAUAUGUUCUGCUUUAAAGAAAUAGAUGGUUGAUCUGUUAACAUUUAACAUUAAAGCACAUGUUAUCAUUUCUUUACUCUUCCUGAAAUAUGUUGAGGCAUCAUUCCAGCACAUGUCACUCUGGUUCUGUCUUUUAUUUUUCUUCCUCAAAAUACUCUAACCACAAGUGUGGAAAUACCCUGGUAGUCUCUGCAGGAUGUCAAAGCUAAGAAACUGAUCGUUGAAUGUCGACAACACAUCGCCCUGUGAAGCUGACCGUGUGACUUAUCAAAGAGCCGAGAGCUCUCUUCACACAAACACUUUUAUAUAGUUUUUUUUUUUAAAAAAAAGAUCCCAGUCUGAGUUAGUUGCUUUGGUUUAAGGAAAGAAGCUCCACUUACUGUUUCUUCAAAAUGGACACAUAGGUCCCGUUUGAGAUUGGAACAUUCAACACAGCAAAAAAACUUUAUUUCUCGUACUAAUUGAGAAAAGGCUCAGUUGUGACCAGCUUGAAUUUCGAAAAAGUGGCACAACUUUUGCUAAAACGAAUCCCAGAUGCUCAGAUCUGAAAAAGUAGAGGAGGCUGGUAGAGCCCCAUUCAGCCCCAUAGAGUACUCAGCAGUACUAUCCUCCAGCAGGACGCCUGGUUGAAGAUGGGGGGCUAUUGGUGCCUAAAGAGGAAAGUGCAAUGUUGUAUUAUUAUUUUCUUUUUUACUCUUGAGUCUUAUCAAAAGAAUGUGUCCCAUUAUUCAUCCCACUUCAGACCUGGCCGUCGGGGUGCAAACAGGAGCACUUAAGGUGAUUUAUAUGCAAGUAGAGUUCAAACUCUUGUGUUUUUUUUUUUUUUUUUAGCUUAGUGGGUUUUAGUAGUGUGAACAAAAUGCCAAAGGAUCCAGUUCAAACCAAUCUUGUAUAAGAUCCAGCUAAUCUAAACCUAAUGUGCUACGUGAAGAAAUAUUAACCUACAUUCCCCAUGCUAGCCAUACUUAGCAUGUCUCAUGUUGGGGUGGGGGUGGGGGGGACUCUUCUUUUUCUCAUGCAUGUGUUCAGAUCAUACCAGUCUUCAUUGCUACUGAUUGAGCCCUGACUAUAAGCUGUUAAGAAAUGUCAAUAAAUGAAGUUUUUCAGAGGUAUAUUUUUAUGUAUGUAUAUUUCUCUAUUAUUGUGACAGUUUAGGGAUUCAUUUUUUUUGUUCUUGAUGAUUAGUUGGCAUCGUUUUAAGACAAUCCUCACUUGUAUACUUCACAGAUUAUUGUCUUCGGGGGGGAAAAUAUCAAUAAAAUUUGUUAACUAAA